GACCUGUCAGCCCAGCAGCUGUGCAGUGACUGAGGCCAAUUAGGGAACUACAGUUCCCAGCAGACACCACGCGGGGUUCGCGCAUGCCCACUCAGACCGAGCCCAGUCAAGAUGGAGGGCGCGCUCACUGAGGAGACGGAGCGGCGGAGCCCUGAGCCUGGGGAGGAGCCGGAGCCGCAGAGUUUCCGGGACCUGGGUGUGACUGAGGUUUUGUGUGAAGCCUGCGAGCAACUGGGAUGGAAAUCGCCAACCAGCAUCCAGAAGGAAGCUUUGCCUGUGGCCUUGCAAGGGCGGGACAUUAUUGGCCUGGCGGAGACUGGCUCUGGAAAGACGGGUGCUUUUGCUUUGCCAAUUCUGCAAGCUUUGCUGGAGAAACCGCAGCGCCUCUUUGCGCUCGUCCUGACGCCAACCCGGGAGCUGGCCUUCCAGAUCUCCGAACAGUUUGAGGCUCUGGGUUCAUCGAUUGGAGUGAAGUCCGCGGUGAUUGUGGGUGGAAUUGAUAUGAUGUCGCAGAGUCUUGCUUUGGCAAAGAAACCUCACGUCGUCAUAGCCACUCCGGGUCGCCUGAUAGAUCACCUGCAGAACACGAAGGGCUUUAACCUGCGAGCGCUCAAGUACCUGGUGAUGGAUGAGGCUGACAGAAUCCUUAACAUGGACUUUGAAAUCGAAGUUGAUAAAAUUCUCAAGGUGAUUCCUAGAGAGCGGAAGACCUAUCUGUUCUCAGCUACAAUGACUAAGAAGGUACAAAAGCUCCAGCGAGCUGCACUGAAGGACCCGGUGAAAUGUGCUGUGUCAACCAAGUACCAGACAGUGGAGAAACUGCAGCAAUAUUACGUAUUCAUCCCUUCCAAGUUCAAGGAUUGUUACCUGGUUUACAUUCUCAAUGAACUUGCUGGGAAUUCCUUCAUCAUCUUCUGCAGCACGUGUAACAAUACACAGCGCACAGCGCUGCUCCUUCGCAAUCUGGGAUUUACUGCCAUUCCCUUACACGGGCAGAUGAAUCAGAACAAACGAUUAGGUGCUUUGAAUAAGUUCAAGGCCAAGUCUCGGUCAAUCUUGCUGGCCACAGAUGUGGCAAGUCGGGGCCUGGAUAUUCCCCAUGUCGAUGUGGUUAUAAACUUUGACAUUCCCACGCAUUCUAAGGAUUACAUUCAUCGAGUGGGACGCACAGCCAGAGCUGGCCGCUCGGGGAAGUCCAUCACUUUUGUCACCCAAUAUGAUGUGGAGUUGUUCCAGAGGAUUGAGCAUCUGAUUGGGAAGAAGCUCCCAGCAUUCCCCACGCAAGAGGAAGAGGUGAUGAUGUUGGUGGAACGCGUGUCAGAGGCACAGAGAUUCGCACGACUGGAGCUGAGAGAACAGGGGGAUAAGAGGAAACGGCCACACGAAGAUGAUGAUGAUACGGAACAGUCGCUGGGCAUCAGGAAAAAAGUGGCAGGCGGCAAAGUGAGGAAAAAACAGCGUUAAGUUGCUUUAACCAUGGACAGUGUGCUAAAAUUGUUAACAGAUUGGAUGUGAUAUUUAUAUUUUGUAUACUAGCCACAGCUGGAAUCAACCGGUGUUUUGUUGGAUCUAUUCACUUGGAUCUGUGGUGAAGACUUUACUAUUGCCAGAUUAAGUGGAUGAAGUCGUAUCUUUUGCUGUCAUGCACAGCCAUUCCUGGCAACGAUUGCAAUGUUCUUUCUCUACCAUUAUUUCCUUGCAGAAAAAUCUAUAAAAUUGUGUUGUUAUUUCAAAGAGAAUUCCAACUUGCAAAGUUUUUUUUAAGACCUACAAGAAUUAACUAAAUAUUCUCAAGUAAAAGCAAAAAUUCCUA